AUGGCGCCUACUUGCAUGCAAGACUACAUCCAGUUGACCCGUCUUCACAAAUUUCCCUUGGGUAGCGCAGUCAUAUUUUGGCCCGCCGCCUAUGGGGUCGCCAUGGCCGCAUAUGCCUUUGAUAUAUCGGCUGGUGCACUCGUCCGGCAGACCGCCAGCUUCGCAGUAGGGUGUACUCUGCUGCAUAGCACCUUCUGUGUCCUCAACGACAUCUUUGAUCGCGAUCUCGACGGCCUCGUCGGCGAGUUCUCAGGCGCCGUGAGCGUACCUGGCGCAUACGCCCUCUUCUUUACCUUCCUGCUCGCUACAGUAGCCCCCCUUUUCUUCUCCAACAAGCAGGCGAUUAUCAUCGGUCUUCUGUCCGUUCCGCUUCACGUACUGUACCCACUGUCGAAGCGAUGGACCUGGUGGCCACAGGCAUGGCUUGGCAUGUCAAACGCGUGGAGCUUCUUCGUAGGAUGGUUCGCCAUUGCCGCGAAUCGAAGCACCCGCGAGCAAGUUCUUGCCGUCUUCUCAGCCUAUGCUGCCAUGAUCUGCUGGACGAUCUACUUUGACACGGUCUACGCGACGCAGGAUCGCGAAGACGACGCCCGUGUCGGCGUCAAAUCGACGGCACGCUUGUUUGGCGCCUGGCUGUGGGAGAUUACUGCAUGCUUCGCUCUCGCUGCCGUGGCUCUGCUCGUAUACGCCGGAUACCUCGCUGAUCAUGGGGUGGCAUACUACGCAGUCGCAUGCGGCGGCGCCCUGGCGCACUUUAUCUGGCAACUCACUUCAUGGGACAUCGAUAGUGAGAAGAGUAGCGGAAAGAUAUUCAAGUCCAACGGCGAGCUCGGCUUGAUUAUCUUCAUUGGUGUUGUAGCGGACUACGCCUUGAAAGGAACAUCGUUCCCUGCUAUGCCAACCCCAGUAUGA